AUGUCGACUUUCAAGACGACGAAACUGUUUGGCGGGGCCCUCAGCAGCGAAAUCCCGGAGCAGUUCGCCGAUGUCAGCCAAAUCCGCCAGGUGCCCGACCACCAGGAGGUCUUCAUCGACAAGGACGGCUUCACGAGCAUAAUCGUCGAGAUCACGGAGCGCGUCGGCCCCGCGGGCAGCACGCCCGAGAUCGACGGCAAGGCGCUGUCGGUGCACCUCGAGGACAUCGUCGGGUCCGACGACGUCGACGGCGUCAAGGUCUGGAACACGACCGACACCGAGUUCUCGCGCGUGAGCCCCGAGAUCCCCGCCUACACCCUUAUCGCCACCCAGAAGCCGCGACAGGACCUCCGCUCGCCCGGCGGCUCCGCGGCCGCCCCGGACUUCACGGCCCUCAUCCUCACGCUGCUGCGCCUCGAGCGCGAGCAGACCGACAUCCUCAUCACCGUCAACGUGCCCCACAUCAAGGGGUCCUACGACGAGGAAGAGGUCGACCUCGAGCUGGGCAAGCAGGGCAAGCUGAUUGGCGACGCCGUCGAGUACGCCGCUAGGAUGUGGUCGACCUUUGCCAUCCAUGAUUGGAAGAUAUUUGAUGGCAUUUAG